ACAUUAUUUAGGAAAUAAUACAUCACAAGGUGAAUAUUCUCUUUUCAAAAUUGAGAAAUAUAUUUCCAAAGUAAGUUUUCUCACCUGUGAGUGGCCAAAAAAGAAAGAAAAAUGUUCCAUAACUUUUGGAAUUUUUUGUGUGAAAACUCAAAAUUUUAAAGGCUUUAAGUGAAAUUAAUUAGAGUUAGUUUUCUCAUAAAUAAAAUAUACACAGAGAUCUUAAACAUAAUCACUCUCAAGUCUUAGCAAACCUCUUUUCAUUUUCUUAUGAUUCAUCUCUAUACACAUAGGAAAUUUCUCAACCUCUUCAUCUUUUCUUGCUAAACUGAAAACCCAAAAUCAUUCAUCCAUUGAACCUGAAUUUUUCUCAUCUGAUCGACAGUUCCAAAAUUCCCCUUUAAUUUCAGUUUCCUUCCCUCAUUUUUUUUUCACCCAGAUUUGAAGGUGGACAUAUGAUUCCACUGAUUUAUUGACCCAAAUUUGUAUCUUGGGUAUGCUUGAAUUAUCUCCCUUAAUCAUCAACCCAUAUGAAGAAAACUUACUCAUUGGGUUCUGGUAGUCCUAAAUCUUUCCAAGCCUAUCCAAGGGGUGAUUUUGACUUGGAAUCUGGUACAAUUAAAAAAUCAAGAAAGCCAAAAAGAUCAAAUUUUUACCCCAUCAAGAUGCUUAAAUCAUUAGGAAAAAGAAUUCACAGUUAUUACAAGCUUCAUCCAGCUAGAUUAUUUAUGAUAUCCUUGUCAAUUGGGGUUACCAUUCUCAUUGUAUUAUCUGUUUCUGAAAAUCGAUUUCGAAUGAAGGGUAAUUAUGUGAAAUAUGAUAUGGGUGUUGAUGUAUAUCCAUUUUCUAAGUUUAGAAAUCUUGUUAUGGUUGCUGGACAUUCAGUUUAUACAAGUAGUAGUUGUGAGAAAGUUGAUAAAGAGGAUUCUUGGUUUUUAGAGUCUUAUCAAAGGCACCCUGGUCAAGCUGCAACUUUUGUUGAUCAUAUAAGAAAAGGGGUUGAAAUUGCAGCAGUUGAUGAUGAUGCAUUGCUCUUGUUUAGUGGUGGUGAGACAAGGAAAGACGCUGGGCCAAGAAGUGAAGCACAAAGUUACUGGACUGUUGCUGAAUCUAAAGGGUGGUUUGGCAAACAAGAAAGUGUAAGAGGGAGGGCACUCACCGAAGAGCAUGCUAGGGACAGUUUUGAGAAUCUUCUCUUUAGUGUUUGUCGGUUCAGGGAGCUUACUGGCACAUAUCCACAUAAUAUAACUGUUGUAGGCUAUGAUUUCAAGGAGAAGCGAUUUAAGCAUCUGCAUCGGUCUGCAAUUGGAUUUCCAGAAGCAAGUUUCUUUUACUCAGGGACAUCAUCUUCACAAACAUCGAGAGAAGCAGCUUUAAAAGGAGAAGCACUGGUGAGAACCCAGUUUCAAGAAGAUCCUUAUGGAUGUAAAGGCUCUCUUCGUCGCAAGAAGCUUGGUCGUGAUCCUUUUCAUCGCUCAAUCCCUUAUCCUAAUGGGUGUCCUGAAAUUGAGGGUUUGUUCAGAUAUUGUGGAACAGCUCCAUAUCCAGGUUCCCUACCUUGGGCCCAAUAGAAUUUCAUAGUUCUGGAUAAUUAGAAGAUAGUAAUUGAAAAACUGGUAUCAUAAAAUAUAGGUACCUUCUUCUAUUAUUUUUCCUUAUAUACUCUCCUGUUAUUCCUUGUACUAGUUAGAAUAGCAAAAGGAACUAACUUGUCUGCCAAGUGUAGAGAAAUAAAAGGGCUUAUUGUCUGGUUUA